UCCCCUCCACGCGCUCCCUCUCAAGCUCCCCGGGGAGACGCCAGCGGUGUCGGGAACUACAACUCCCAGAGUCCCGCCGCGGCCGCUCGGCUGAGGAGCUGCGCGGUGCUGAGUGUCAACAUGGCGGCUGGGAGACAGACAAAGACGAGUCGGGCUGGGAUGUGAGCGGCGGGGGGAGACGCCGGGGGCGAGGAGCUGGGCACGGAGGGCGGGAGACGUCACCGACACCACCUCACCGGGAGUGAGCACGGCCUGCCGCCCCGCGGGGAACCGGGGAGCUCAGCAGGUUCAUCUUUUCUCUAAGGACGCGAGGGACCAGCGAGUGUUUCACCAGAGGACCGUAUAGCCGCUUCCUUGGAUCGGAUCUAUUAUUUUUUUUCUCCCCGGCAUGGUGCCCAGCUGUGGCUGGCCUCGCCUAUGAUUCUGCUGAUAUGCGUCCAUCUGCAGACGGAAGCGUCCUGAGUCUGCCAGAAACCAUGUCACAUUACACAGAUGAACCCAGAUUCACCAUAGAGCAGAUAGACCUGCUCCAGCGUCUACGACGCACAGGAAUGACCAAACACGAGAUCCUCCACGCCUUGGAGACGCUAGAGCGCCUGGACCAAGAACACAGCGAUAAGUUCGGAAGGAGAACAAACUACGCAAGCUACAGCAACAGCACCAACAACGUCCCCGCAUCGUCCUCCACUGCCACCGCCUCAACACAGACCCUCCAUUGCGGCAUGUCCCCGUCGCCCAGCAACAGCUGCGACACUUCCCCGCAACCUUGCACUACCAAUCAGAACGGGCGCGAGAGCAGCGAAAGGCUCCCGACCUCCAAUGGGAAGCUGUCCCCAACGCGCUACCACACCAACAGCAUCGCAGCCAGGUCGUACAGCUUCGAGGCCUCAGAGGAGGAUCUAGACAUAGACGACAAGGUCGAAGAGCUCAUGAGGAGGGACAGUAGCGUCAUCAAAGAAGAAAUAAAGGCUUUCCUGGCGAACCGGAGAAUAUCGCAAGCGGUGGUUGCACAAGUGACAGGUAUUAGUCAGAGCAGGAUCUCUCACUGGCUGCUUCAGCAGGGGUCCGACUUAAGCGAACAGAAGAAGAGAGCUUUUUACAGAUGGUACCAGCUGGAGAAGACAAGUCCAGGUGCAACGCUAAGUAUGAGGCCAGCGCCCAUCCCCAUAGACGACACAGAGUGGAGACAAACCCCGCCCCCAGUCACCGCCACCUCCGGUACCUUCAGGUUACGACGGGGAAGUCGUUUCACGUGGAGAAAGGAAUGUUUGGCCGUCAUGGAAAGCUAUUUUAAUGAGAACCAGUAUCCUGACGAAGCCAAACGAGAGGAAAUCGCCAACGCUUGCAACGCUGUAAUACAGAAACCAGGCAAGAAGCUGUCUGACCUGGAGCGCGUCACCUCCUUGAAAGUGUACAACUGGUUCGCCAACAGGCGGAAGGAGAUUAAGAGAAGAGCCAAUAUCGAAGCAGCAAUCCUGGAGAGUCAUGGCAUCGAUGUACAAAGUCCUGGGGGUCAUUCGAACAGCGACGAUGUGGACGGAAAUGACUACUCUGAACAGGAUGACAGUACCAGCCAUAGCGAUCACCAGGACCCCAUCUCCCUAGCUGUGGAAAUGGCUGCCGUCAAUCACACCAUCCUGGCACUGGCCCGGCAAGGCACAGGCGAGAUCAAGACAGAAGCUCUGGACGACGACUGAUACCUGAACGAUAGCGGGAAGGGUCGAUCGGAAAAUAAAAAACACAUUUAAAAAAUGUACUUUAGAUUUUAGAA